AUGGUAAUCCGAGCUAGAGUGUAAGUUGCUGUUUGGCCCUAUAAAUAGCCACCUGCCGGGCAUGAAUAGCUGACACAAAGCUAGUGCAAACUGGUACAGCGCGAUGCACAAGCACAACAUGGAUGUCAUGGCGUCACUCGUCAUACUCCUCCUGGUUACUGGAGCAGUAGCAAGCAAACAUGUGGAUCGGCCGGCUGCGGCUGCGGCUGCCGUGGCGUCGUCGUCUAGAACGAUGGCGCCAAUGGACUAUUGGCGAGCAGUGCUUCCCCUGACUCCCAUGCCCCAAGCCAUACACGACCUGUUGAUCCAUUCUACAGUGCAUGCCUCUCAGGAUGGCAAGGGUGUUGCUCAAGGGAAGAACACAGAUGCAAUAAAAAAUGACCAAUCACAAGGUGAAGAAUAUGUAAAAGGACCACAAAAAAUUGGAAAAGGGAAUGAGGUAGAAAUGAAAAUGCAAUUUUCUGGUGCACAAUUUGAAGAGGAUAAAAAUAUCUUGAUGUUGAAAGGGAUGGGCAACAAUUUAAAUUUUUAUGGGACAAAAGCUAAAGAAGACUUAAAGAAGAUUUCAACAUCAUAUACCUCCCAAAUUCAGAAGGACCCAAGAAAGACCAUAGAAUCUUAUGGAUAUCAAGGUAAUGAAGACAAUCUAAGAAAAAUCACUGUAUCAUACGAGUCCCAAGGUGAGGGUGACCUAAGAACAAUAAGCACAUCAUAUGGGUCCCAAGGUGAAGACAUAAGAACUAUCAGCACUACAUAUGGUUCCCAAGGGGAUGACUUAAGAAAGAUCAGCACAUCGUAUGGAUCCCAAGGUGAGGAUGACUUAAGAACGUUAAGCACAUCAUAUGGGUCCCAAGGUGAAGACAUAAGAACGAUCAGCACUACAUAUGGUUCCCAAGGUGAUGACUUAAGAAAGAUCAGCACAUCAUACGGAUCCCAAGGUGAGGAUGACUUAAGAACAAUAAGCACAUCAUACGGGUCCCAAGGUGAGGACAUAAGAACGAUCAGCACAUCAUAUGGGUCUCAAGGUGAUGACUUAAGGAAGAUCAGCACAUCAUAUGAGUCCCAAGGUGAGCACUUAAGAACGAUCAGCACAUCAUAUGGUUCCCAAGAUAAGGAUAUAACAACGAUCAGCACAUCAUAUGGGUCCCAAGGUGAGGAAUUAAGGAAGAUCGACACAUCAUAUGGUUCCCAAAAAGAGGACCCUUUAUCAAUGAUCACCAUAUAUGAUCAUAAACGGGGUGUAAGUGAGAAAGGUGAAGCAAGUAAAGGGUAUAGGCAUGCACAUGAGCACGUCCACAACCACGACAACGUCAACAGGCUAGCAGACGUGUUCUUCUUCCAGGACGUCCUACGGCCAGGGUCCGUGAUCACGCCGACCAUCCCAGUGACCACCACCCUGCCAUCGCUGCUACCGCGCCGUGAGGCUGACUCCCUCCCAUUCUCCACCGCGCGGUUGGGCGACAUCCUUGCCAUGUUCGCUCCCGCAUCCCUCGCCAUGGCCGACGAGAUGCGGUCGACGCUCGAGUCCUGCGAGCACCCACGUCCACUACCAGGCGAGAAGGCCGGCUGCGCCACCUCGCUCGAGUCCCUCGCGAAGCUCCCUGCUGCCCUCCUCGGCACGCGCAACGUCCGCGCUUUCUCCGGCGACAUGCCCGUCGACCCGGCGGGCACGGCGGCUCGACGGGGGAGGCACAACGUCACGGCCGUGCGGAAGCUAUCCGAGUCGCCGGUCGCCGCGACGUGCCAUGACCUGACCUACCCCUAUGCGGUGUUCUACUGCCACACGACCAAGCAGGUGGCGACGUACCAGGUGACGCUGGCGGCGGCCGAGGGCGGCAGGGCGCCGGCGAUGGAGGCGCUGGCAGUGUGCCACCUCGACACAUCACAGUGGACACCCAGGCAACCGUUCUUAGUGGCGCACAACCUAAAGCCAGGUGAUGUGGCGGUUUGCCAUUUUCUUUCUAAGCUCAGCGUCAUCUGGGUCCCGGCCGGCGACGGCGAGCAAGGAGGCGCACGUGAAGCCUGGUAGAACACGAAGUACCCGAGAGAGCAUUAUUUGUGUGAGCUCUGACCUGUGGCUUUUGUUUGUAACGCGUAUGGAACACAACGUGGCUUUUUAGUACUAAAUAAAAGCCGCGUGAACGUGUUGUGAUUGUGAUUUGCUAAAGAAACAGGUUGUAGUUGGUUUGGCUAAACAGUUGAUCAGUUGAUCAUAUCAAGUUUUUGUAUUUACCUGAGCAAGUGGAUGUUAAAUUGUUAAUAGCU